GAGAAUAACGGCCGCAAGAAACGGCGUCCUUCGGUGCAGGAGGCCCAGACGCCCAGCGCCGGUAAGAAGGAGUUUAACAUGUCUGCCGCGGAGUUCGUCCCCGGGCAGCAGUGGGCAAAGCCUGCCGAGGAGCCCAGAUCAAAGCUCCGUGAGGACGCAGCAGAAUUCAAGCCUGGUGCGUGGCCUGAGGCUUAUCAGCCGCCCCCACCUCCAGUGAUCGUCCCUGCAUCGGCGAUGACGUUCCCAACCUCAUACAAGCCCCAGCGGGAGCCGAAGGCCAUGAAGCCCGACGCCGCAGAAUUCAUUCCGGGAGUCUCCGCAUAUGCGGGGGCCAUGAAGCCCAAGAAGUCCAAGGGCAACAAGAACUCGAAGUCGAGCCCAACAGCUGCAGCCCCUACCCCCACGGCCAAGGCAGGUCCCGUCACACCCGGACUCCUCUCUGGCAGUGGUCCCGGCUCGCCCGUCACCCGAGAUGCCGAUGUGGCGGCGGGAGGCGCGAGCUCCAGCUCCCAGCCGCAGCCGCAGGCCACGGAGGCGAGCCCCACAAAGGCUGCGAAGGGGCUCAGCGAGCUGUGCCGCGAAAAGCUCGGCGGCGGGGCAGCUCUGCAACCUGCAGCUGUUGGCAAACUUGGGAAGAAAACCGGAGUGUGGGAGUUCGAGAAAGCUUUGAGCGACUCCGAGUGUGCGGCAGUGCUUUCGGCUGCCGAGCAGCUGGGCUUCAACCUGGCAGAGCAGGAUCGAGCAGGAGGCCAUUGCAAGCUUGUCAGGGAGGACCCCUGGCUGGCCGACCAUCUGUGGCAGCGUGUCUCUGCAGCCGCACCUUCCCCCUUUUGCGGGAAGAGGGUCGCAGGAAUAUCUCCGACGCUCCGUGUGCAGCAUGGUUCCUUGGCAGAGGUCCAGUCGGAGAGCCUGGCCUUUUACUUGUGCCUGAAGAGUGCGAGCGGGGAGAAACUGCGGCCUGGGGACCUCUUCAUCCGUGCGCCGGGUCAGAACCUGCCGGGAGACACUCCCUGUGCUUCGUGGCUUUGUGCCGAUCUUCGGCUCGAGAGCUCAUGGUGGGCAUCAGCUUCCCAGCGCUUUGGCUUGGGGGCUUUCAAUGAACGCCGCAGCGUGGUCUUACUACUGGUCACCACGGCAGCGGCCACUAUGCUGGUGACUCAACUGAGGCGUCGCAGUCUGAGAAACUGA